CCAUCAUGCUCGGCGGGAGUUGCGGACGGCGCGCGUCUGUUCCCAGGCAACGGCGCCAGGGACCGGAGCCCACCCGCUCGCCGCCGCCGCCGCCGCCGCCGCCGCCGCCGGAUCCAGGCACAACCAACGAUACUGGAGCAAGAUCUAUGAUCUUUGGGCACAACGCUCCGUCUCGGGCAGCAAUGGCGAAGAGUCAAGUUGGAGCCGCGUCCUCAGUGGACCAGACCAAUGUGAAAAGAAAAUAUAGCACUCAUGUUACACGAUCAACCAAUUCUGGAAGAAAGUCUUCUGCUUCUGUUAAAGGUGUUAUGGCAACCAAUAAGGAUAAUUCAAAAUGCCAGCAAUUGGGUGGAUGUGAGAGCACCAAUAUAUUAGAUCUACAUGGAAAAGGAAUUAAGAAGAUACAGAAGUUUGAUAUUUUGAAAGGAAUAAAGAUAUUGGACCUUUCCUGUAACUUCAUUGAAGAAAUUGAGAAUUUAGAGAAUCCAUGUGAAGUUACUGAACUCAAACUAUAUGGUAACUACAUCAGACACAUCAAGAAUCUAGACAGCCUUCAAGAGCUCCGUGUUCUUCAGUUGCAGUAUAAUCACAUAACAAGUAUAAGAAAAGGUUUGCUCAAACUCCGGAAACUGCAGAGAUUGAGACUGGAUAGUAACCAGCUGAUAUGUGUGGAGUCACGGGAGUUUUCAGGACUAAGUCAACUGACAUCUCUGGAUAUCAGCCAUAACCAGCUAACUGACAUCACUGCUGUGAAUGGAUUGCCCUGUCUCGAGGAGCUGUUUGCAUCCCACAACAAGUUGUAUGGGGUUGUUGAUCUCAGUAGAUGUAAUAAGUUACAGGAACUGGAUUUAUCCAACAACAAAAUUUCAGAGGUCCAUGGACUAUCUUUGCUGGAAACUUUAACUUCCGUAGAUCUGUCCAGCAAUGUCAUGUGCAGUACUGAAAGGCUUGGAAUUUUGAGUUCCUUGCAGGAGUUGAAUCUUGCCAAUAAUCAGCUGAAGUCUGUUUGCAGCUUUUCCAAACAAUUCCCUAAUCUUGAAGUCCUUAACAUAGCCAAUAACUGCAUUGACUUGAAGGGCGAACUUAGAUCGCUGGCACAGUGCUGCCACCUACAGGAUCUACAUUUAACUGGCAACACUGGGACUUCCGAAGAAGAACAAAAUGAGCAUCUGAUGCAGAUCUCCCUUCUCAUGCCUCAGCUUAACAGUUUGGAUGAGGUUAUUCUUAACUAUUCUAACAAAGAGCAGAAUGCUCCAGUUCCAAAAACAGCAUUGGCCAAUGUUUCCCUGGAGAGUGUGCAGAAAAUCACAAGCUGUUUGAUGGAUUUUGAGUCUGAAAUGGAGGAUCUGCAACAAUCAAUUGUCGGAAGGUUUAGUGAGGUGAAGAAUUUGCUGGAGACUCUACCAAAGCAGUUGCCGUGGAGUUCAUAUACAACAGCACCAGCAAGGUUGACCUCAGUGGAAAACUAUGGACCCCGUCCACAGACACGCUGCAGCAGUCGCUCCAGAAUUGAAGACGCCAGAUCGUAUGCUGCCCAACACUUUGGGAAGAAAUAACACGAUCGCUGGAAGGGUUUGUGUCCAGAAGAAUAAGAGUCAAAACAAAGAUAGGAGAAAAGUUGUUACUGGUCCAGACUACCUUAACAAGCUUUGAUGCAUAACCAGCACAACGCAUUUUCCAUUCCAAAAGUUUAUUAGUUGAAACCAGCUACAGUGUUCAAAUACUGGUUUCACCAGGCUGACUGAAUCAGCUAUUACAGAAUUUGCUGUUCUCCCCCCCCCCCCCACCCCACAAAAGCCAAAAGGCCCAACACUAUAAAAAAGAUACAAUUCCAUUUACAAGUUGUUUUGCUAUUACAGUUCCUGCAACAUGGAUCUUCACCCAGAACACUAACGACAUCAAGACAUUCGUGCUAAAAAUAAACGGAAUUUGACUACUACAAACUACUCAAACCUCUGCCAUUUUAUACAAAUCCUAGUUGUAACUAUAAACAAAGCUUUAGUCAGAAAUGUAGACAGCAAGGUGGCUGCAUGUUGUUAGAAGUCACGUCUGUGGUACAGCUCUGGGUCAUAAUACUUAGUUACAACAACUCUGUUGGCAAACUUUCGCCCCGUUAGUGCUUGCAUUGCUUUUUGGCAGUCCAGAGGUGAGAUAAAUUCUACAAAUAUCUGUUAAAAAAAACGACCAGUGAGCACAAUGAACUGGAAAUACAAUGGUAAAUGAACAUUAUAAUAAAAGACGACCCAAUCUCAACUAUAUAAACCCUAGACUUUUACCUGUUUUUUUAAGUUAUUGCCCACGAUAACGAAUAAAUUACUGACUGAAUUUU